AUGCGCCACCGAGUUUUGCCUGUUCUGGCGCCAGUAUUUCUAUCGAAACUUUGGAGAAGGAGAAGAAGGGCCAAGGCCAUACAGUUGUUGCACGGGAGCGCGUCGGAGUCGUCGGCGGCCGCAGGCGGCGGAGGCUCCGCUGGCGGCAGUGCGAGGGUCUCCUCCCGGUCAAGGACUUCAGAGGAGCCUCAUAUUGGCAAGUACAAACUCCUAAAGACAAUCGGUAAGGGGAACUUCGCGAAGGUGAAACUGGCGAAACAUGUCCCCACUGGGAAGGAGGUCGCGAUCAAGAUCAUCGACAAAACCCAACUUAACCCUGGCUCGUUACAGAAGCUGUUCAGAGAGGUCCGGAUAAUGAAAAUGCUGGACCACCCGAACAUUGUGAAACUGUUCCAAGUGAUCGAGACUGAGAAGACGUUAUAUCUCGUAAUGGAAUAUGCGUCUGGUGGCGAAGUGUUCGACUACCUAGUACUACACGGCCGUAUGAAGGAGAAAGAAGCGCGGGCCAAGUUCCGUCAGAUUGUCUCCGCAGUACAGUAUUGUCAUCAGAAGCGGAUCAUACAUAGGGAUCUCAAGGCGGAAAAUCUUCUACUGGACGGCGAAAUGAACAUCAAGAUAGCAGAUUUCGGUUUUUCGAAUGAAUUCACACCUGGCUCGAAGCUGGACACUUUCUGCGGCAGUCCGCCUUACGCGGCGCCGGAGCUCUUUCAAGGCAAGAAAUACGACGGUCCGGAGGUUGAUGUUUGGUCGCUGGGUGUGAUCCUGUAUACUUUGGUAUCAGGAUCGCUACCGUUUGAUGGCUCUACACUGAGGGAAUUGAGGGAAAGGGUACUUCGUGGCAAAUAUAGAAUACCGUUCUACAUGUCGACGGAUUGUGAAAACCUCCUUAAAAAGUUCCUGGUACUGAACCCGGCGAAGCGAGCCUCACUCGAAAACAUAAUGCGGGACAAGUGGAUGAACACGGGGUACGAGGAAGACGAGCUCAGACCCUACAUCGAACCGCAGCAAGACUUCAAGGACCAUAAACGGAUAGAGGCGCUAGUGUGCUUAGGCUAUAAUAGGCAAGAGAUCGAGUAUUCAUUGGCCGAAGCGAAGUACGACGAUGUCUUCGCUACGUAUUUACUGUUGGGAAGGAAAAGCACCGAUCCGGAGUCAGACGGGAGUCGGUCGGGCUCGUCGCUGUCUCUUCGCAACGCGGCCGCACCUCAACCGCAACAGCAACAGACCAACUCGCACGCCGGCGCGUGCGGGUCGCCCGGGCACCGCGGCGUGCAGCGCAGCAUCUCGGCCUCCGCGCGCCCCGCCGCCUCGCGCCGCGCCUCGUCCGGCGCCGAGGUGCUGCGCGCGCAAGUGGGCACAACCACCAGCGCCGCGAACAACACUACGUCCACUGCGACCACAACCACAUCCAACUUUAAAAGACAGAAUACAAUCGAUUCAGCGUCCAUCAAAGAGAAUACGGCGCGAAUUGCUCAGAUGCAGGUGCAGAACACGACGCGGCCCAGCAGUGCGCAGCCCAAGCUGGAGCCGCGCUCGCGCACGCUGGCGGGCGGCCAGCGGCGCGCUGCGCUGGACGCGCCGGCCCAUGCCCACGCCCACGCGCACCCCGCGCACCCCACGCAUCCCACGCACCCCACGCCUGCCAAGCUCUCCCCGCCCAACGACACUCCCAGUGCGACGCAAGCAGAGGCUAAGAACGGGGCGGGGGGAGGUAACGGGAGUGAGAAGGGGGCGGCUCCCGGCGCUGGGGCGGGCGCGGGGGCCUCCGGGGGCAAAACUCACGUGAAAAGCGCCUCCAUUUCGUCCGGCAGUGGGGCGACGCCCCUCAGUGCGGAGCCUUCGCCCCACAACGCGUCCGCGCGAGAUCUAGCGCCGCCUCGCCCAAGCUUAAACUCGAGCCUGUCUGCGGGUGGCGGCGGCGGUGGUGGGGCGGGUGCGGGCGCGCGGCGCGAAUUCCCCAACCCGCUCGUGUUCCCCAGGAACGUGCCCUCCAGGUCCACCUUCCACUCAGGGCAGACGCGGUCGCGCGGCACGAGCGCGGGCGGCGCGUACGGCGACGGCGGCUCGCCGCACCAGGCGCGCCCCUCCUUCUUCUCCAAGCUCUCCUCGCGCUUCUCCAAGCGGCCAUUGGACGGUACCACUCCGAAGCAUGCUGUAGGCGCUAGCCCACAAGCCCUGCUUGGGCAAGGCAACGAGGAGCAAGUCAAGCCGCGCGUACUUCGCUUCACUUGGAGUAUGAAGACCACUUCAUCACGAGACCCGAACGAGAUAAUGGCUGAAAUUCGAAAGGUGUUAGACGCAAACAACUUGGGAGAUCGAAGUGUGCAAGCUGCCCCGGUUGUCACUCAAUGGUGUGAGAUUCAAGCGGAUAUCAGGCACGAGCAUUGGUUUCAAGAACAUCGCUUCAAAAAUCGCGAACGAGCUCAAGCUGUGACUGCCCGCAAACGUACCGCGCCGCCGACGCCGCGCCGCGCAACUCUGCCAAUGCGAAGGUCCAGUACCGCCGCUGCGUAG